AACGCAAGACAUAUCGCAAAAAGAGGGCACUUCAUGGCUUGGGGAAGACUCGCUGCAGUAUCUCGGGCAUGCGUGAAGGCUCUCCCAGCUGUCUCAGUUGGAGCUGCAGUCAGCAUGAAACCUGCAGCAUGCAGCUCUCGCGACAAGGCAGACAAGCAGCAUGCUUUUUGGAUCGGAGGAUCAUCGCAAGGUUGCAGCAAGACGCUGCCCUGCAAAUUCGAUUUUUACGGCGGAGUCAUUGUAGAUCCAGCUGCUGUUCCUGCCGACGAGAACACCUUCCGCAACAUUUUGGCUUCUUCGCUGGAUGAAUGGCGGAAGCAGGGCAAGCGUGGUGUGUGGCUUCAUUUGGACAUUGGUGCUGCCACCCUGGUGCCAAUUGCAGCAUCCGAGUUUGGUUUCGAAUAUCAUCAUGCAGAAAAAGAUUACAUCAUGAUGACCAAGUGGUUGCCAGAUUCACCGAACACGCUGCCCGCGAAUGCAAGCCAUACCGUUGGCGUAGGUGCAUUAGUGACAAACUCAGAGGGCAAAAUUCUACUUGUUCGAGAGAAGUCUGGGCCAGCUGCAAAGUUUGGCUUCUGGAAGAUUCCGACUGGCUUAGUUGAUGCCGGCGAGGACAUUCAUGAAGCAGCAGUGCGAGAAGUCAAGGAGGAGACUGGCAUUGAUGCUUCCUUCGAAUGCCUAGGGGCCUUCACAAUGAGUCACGGUGGAAAUCUUGCGCAUGCAAGAAAAAGCAACCUGUUCUUCGUGGUGAAAUGUCAAGCAAAGACAACGGAAAUUCAAGCCUGUCAGAGCGAGAUCGCAGAAGCUCGAUGGUUCUCCAGGGAAGAAUGGUUGUCUCUUCCUUUCCCUGAGAGAGGGUCAAUUUGGGAUGAGCUGAACCAGUCUGCUUUUGCGGAGGAUGUUCUGUCGAUGAAGAUUUUGCCAUGGGGGAAGUCUCGGCCGGACUCUUGUCGCUGGUUAUAUUAUCCAGUGAGGCGGUCAGCCCUUUGACGCGCCCGCAUUGGGUCGAUCCCAUGAAUCCAGCCGCAUUUUUGGCAGAACAGCUUUCAUUUUGAACCCAGCAGCCUUUCACUAUUUUCCAUUUUCGCUACACGGGUGAGAGAGUGGUUUCACCGGAGCAAUGUGUCUGCCGAAGUAGAGAAAA